UUGAGAGAUGCUCCAGUGAGGACCUACUUGUUGGCUGCAGCAUCAUCAUGGGCACGCUUCGGCAGCAUUGAAAUCGACUGUACCAAUUUGCAGAAGCGGCUUUCCGGCGGACAAAAGCGUCUCGGGGGUGAAAAUGAGACCACCCGCACUCAUUUUCAUCCUCGUCUGGAUAAUUUGCAUGUCUGGCUUGAAGGCGGAAGAACAUGAAGUCGUUGACCUCCUGGCCGCAGCCCAGCUGCAAGACCUUCCGAAAGGGGUGAAGGUGGUGCCCGACAUUUGCGACGACAGGGGCGGGCCAGGGUCGAAAACCCCCAAGGACGCCGACGCCGGCCUCCGAGCGUACACGCUUAAGAAGAAAGCGUCGCUGCCCAUCUCGGUUGCGCAGCUCUUCGAAGAUGGGUCCUUCCCGCAAGACUUUUCGCUCCUGAUGGCGGUGAAACCGACCAAGGGCGCGAAGCAGGUGCUCUUCACCAUUUACAGCGGGCAAGGCGACGAGCAGGUCGCGGUCACGCUCGGAAAGCAGGUCGAGUUGUUCUAUAGGGACGCGAGUGGCCGACCCGUGGAGAACAAAAAGGCCACGGUCAAAUUCAACAUUACAGUUAACGACGGAAAAUACCACCGAUUAGCCCUGAGCGUCAAAGGUGACUCGGCGACCCUUUUGUCAGAGUGUGGAAACGUGAGCAUCACCAAGAAAAUCAACAGACCAACUCCGUCCGAGAUCAACACAGCUGGAAUUUUGCUAAUAGGACAAGAAUUAUUGAGCGACGAGUAUUUUACAGGAGAUAUUCAGCUGCUCAUGUUGGCACCAAGACCAGACGUUGCUUAUGAUAUUUGUGACUAUCUACCUCUCUGCGCAAACGAGGAAAGUUUAGGGACGAAAAACGAGACUGUGGUUGUAACAAAGAAGAUAAAGAAAAAGAAGAAAGCGGAAAUUCACAAAAGACCUCAAAAGCAAGAACCGGCAACUAAUUAUUACGAUGAAGAUGAAUUGGAAGGCUAUGAAGAUUUUUCCUCGGAAAUCAAUGGAAACGGUGAUUAUGAAAUAACUGACGAGAAUGGAUUUUAUGAUAGAUUGGCAAAUGAAACCAACGUGCCUGGCUUUACCGAACCAACCGAGCCAGGGAUAAUUCUGCCAUUUACGACGCCCUCAACAAUCACAACCUCUACUACUGAAUUUCCUAACACCACCGAGGAAACAUUUGAAUUCAUCAAUAAUUCAACGUCAAAUAAUGAAACACACGAAACUUACGGAGAAGAAGAUUUGGUAACUGACGCUCCCAUAAUAACUGAAAUAGGCCCUUCAUCGCCAGGAAUCUCGUAUUAUCCAGUUAGAGGGCCUCCAGGGCCAAGAGGGUACAUGGGGCCACCAGGACCUCCAGGUUUGCCUGGCCCAAAGGGUGAUUUGGGCAGAGACGGUUUGUCGGGAACAAAUGGUCUUCCUGGUCCACCUGGCCAUAUUUUCAUGAUUCCACUCAACUCUCAAGGUGGUGGAGACACGAAGGGCCCGGACAAUCAGGCGGAGCAAUUCAGACACUUACUGUCCCAGCAUAUGAUGUCAAUGAGAGGGUCUGAAGGCCCUAUGGGUUUAACCGGAAUCCCUGGACCGGUGGGCCCGCCUGGUGCUGAAGGAAUCAAAGGAGAGCCCGGUGACAACGGCGAGCCGGGCCCACGUGGCUUGAGAGGUUUAAUGGGGCCACCUGGGCGAGAAGGCCGUCGGGGAAGGCCCGGCAGAGACGGUGAAAGGGGCUUGACGGGGCCACCAGGUGCCAAAGGCGAGCAAGGCUCUCAGGGGCUGCCAGGUCUACCGGGGGAAAAGGGCGAAAGAGGAGCUACAGGCAACACCGGUGAACCAGGCUUACAAGGUCAUGAUGGGAUGCAAGGUGAAGAUGGUCCGCCAGGGCUGCAGGGUUUACCCGGAGAAAUGGGUCCAAGAGGAUUUCCUGGUCCUCGGGGCGUGCCUGGGUUGACGGGGUCACCAGGAAUUCCUGGUUCUGAAGGCCCCACAGGGCCCAAGGGAAACGCCGGCCCGACUGGCCAACCAGGUGCACCAGGUCAAACCGGCCCACCAGGCUCCAUAGGGUCGCCCGGGCCGCAGGGGCUGUUGGGCCCACCUGGAAUGCCGGGUCCGCAAGGAAAACCAGGGAUGCCGGGGCUACCCGGAGCUGAGGGGGCGCCGGGUCACCCUGGCAACGCAGGUGUUCCUGGAAUGAAGGGUGAUCAGGGUUUUCAGGGAGCUCAGGGGUCCGUUGGUUUUCCCGGAAAUCGAGGCGUCAAGGGUGAUGAAGGUAAGAGAGGCAGCCCAGGUGAUAAGGGUGACAAGGGCGAACGAGGGUUGGAUGGAGAAAAAGGAGAUCUCGGUCAGAAAGGAGAAAAAGGGCCACAGGGUCCACCAGGCCUGAUGGGGCUCGAAGGUCUUGAAGGACCAAAAGGAUUUGACGGUCCGCGAGGAGAAGCUGGGCCAACUGGUCCACCAGGAGAAAUUGGAAAAGUUGGAGUUCCUGGAUUUCAGGGUUACGCUGGUCCACCAGGCGAAAAGGGUGACAAAGGCACAGCAGGCAAGCAGGGCUCUGUCGGAGAAAAAGGCGAAAGGGGUAACACUGGUCAAGCUGGUGAACGAGGUGAAGUGGGACCAAGAGGAUUCAGGGGUGCUCGAGGGAGACGUGGUAAUGACGGCCUUCCAGGUCCUAAAGGGGACACAGGUCAACCAGGGUCGCCAGGUCCACAGGGUGAAAGAGGCUCCCAGGGACCAGAAGGGCCGAGAGGAUUUAUAGGGCCUCAGGGUGCUACUGGAAGCAAUGGAAAAGACGGGAGCCCCGGUCUUCCCGGUGAAAGGGGUGCUCCAGGCGACCCUGGCCCACCUGGACCUCAGGGUGCACCUGGAGUAGUUGGACCUCCUGGACCAACAGGUGAACCUGGUCCCAUCGGUGAUCACGGAGAACCUGGCCAGCCGGGGCAACCGGGUGAGCCUGGAGCACCUGGUGAAUCAGGAAAGGAAGGCCCACCAGGAGCUGCUGGUCAAAUCGGAAAAUCUGGCCCAUCAGGCAGCCCGGGGCUACCGGGAUUUCCUGGAGAAAGAGGUUUGCCUGGUCUGCCAGGCAUGCCGGGGUUAAAAGGUGAGAUGGGACCAUUUGGCCCCCCUGGUGCACCUGGCGACAAGGGGCAGCAAGGUGACAACGGCAAGGAAGGUCCAACUGGACCUGAAGGACGACAGGGCCCACCUGGGCCGCCUGGAGAGACCGGUUUGAAAGGAGACCGAGGUGAUUCAGGGCUGCCUGGAACUGUAGGGAGAGACGGUCUCGCCGGUCAAAGGGGUCCACCGGGCCCACCCGGUCCCAUCGGCCCACCUGGCGAGGACGGUGAUAAGGGAGACUUAGGACCGCCAGGAGAGAAAGGUUUCAAGGGUGCUCGAGGAGAACAGGGACCUUCCGGGUCACCUGGCUCACAGGGGCUGCGAGGAGAGCCGGGUAGUAUGGGACUUCAAGGUGAAAAAGGCCCACCGGGAGAAAUCGGAAGGCAAGGGCCCAAAGGCGAAGAUGGACCAACUGGAGUUAGCGGUCCACCAGGACCUGCGGGACUUCAGGGUCUACCAGGCCCAUCAGGUGUCAAAGGAGAUGUGGGUGACCCUGGACCAAAGGGUCCUGUUGGGAAACCGGGGCCACCAGGUGAAAGGGGGAGUAGGGGCACAAAAGGUAUAGAGGGGAUCACUGGACCACCAGGCUCAGAGGGGCUGCAAGGCCACAAGGGAGAGCCUGGAAAUUCAGGGCCUCCUGGUCCGCCAGGACUUGACGGCAAACACGGCGAAAGGGGACCACUCGGACCAAAAGGCGAAGAAGGAAAGCAGGGACCCCCAGGAGCACCUGGAACAAGAGGUCUCCCUGGACCUGAAGGAAUCAAAGGAAACGUAGGUGCAGUCGGAUUUCCAGGACCGGCAGGAGAGCCUGGUCCACCUGGUUUGAAGGGAGAGAGGGGAAAAGACGGUGCAGACGGCCGAGAGGGUGACCAGGGACUUUCUGGUGAACCCGGUCCACCAGGAAAAAGUGGGGAAUCAGGACCACCUGGAAAACCGGGCCCUGAGGGAUCACCUGGGCAGCAAGGGAAUACUGGGUUACCGGGAGAAAAGGGAGAUCAAGGUCCUCAGGGGGCUGCUGGAAUUGGUGGAAUGAUUGGCCCACCAGGCGCACAGGGGCCAGAAGGUCCACCUGGGUCAAGAGGGUCACCUGGACCUGCUGGAGACGUUGGUCCACCAGGAAAGCCAGGCGAAACUGGUCAGCCAGGUAAAAACGGAGAGCUUGGGCCACGCGGCCCUAAAGGUGACCGCGGAAAAAGAGGAAUCAAGGGCCACAGGGGUGAGAUGGGAUUGCAAGGACCAAAGGGUGAUCAAGGGGAAAAAGGUGAAAAGGGAGACAAAGGACCACAAGGACCGUUGGGCGACAAAGGAGAAUUAGGUCCCCCUGGCCCCCUUGGGAUGAAAGGCAGUGACGGACCUCAGGGUCUUCCUGGAAUGGAAGGCCCACCUGGGCCCAAAGGCUCCGACGGACCAACCGGAAUAAAAGGAGAAACUGGGCCUGCCGGGCCACCUGGGCCUCCAGGCAUUCCAGGCGAACAGCCGAUGCUGCCUCCAGAACUGCUUUUCCUCCACGCAGACAACUCCAGAGCCAAACGAGAUAUUUUUGAUGACGAGGAUGAUAAGAUUGAUAAGGUGACUGGAGGUGAACGUGAAAAGAAUAAAGACGAAAACGACCCUGACGGGUGCAUGCUCGACAUGUACAAUGCGAUUUACGGCAUGAGGAAAGAGCUUGAGAGGGUUCGGCGACCUCAAGGGACAAAAGACAAUCCGGCAAGGACGUGUCGGGACUUGUUCUUCGGUCACCCGCAGCUCAAAGACGGUUGGUAUUGGAUCGACCCGAAUCUUGGAAUGCCCUUCGACGCGAUCUACGUUUUUUGCAAUCUGACCAGCGGGGGCGAAACUUGCGUUUUCCCUGACACACAUUCUUCCAAAAUGCCAAACAUCCCGUGGAGAAAAGAGGUCACCGAUUGGUACAGCAAUUUGAGAGGCGGGUUUAAGAUCACCUACGAGACGGUUGGAGUUGUACAAAUGAAAUUUCUAAGAAUGCUCAGUCAAGACGUAAAUCAAAACUUUACCUACACUUGUAUCAAUUCGGCUGCUUGGUACUCCCUCAAAACGUUCAAUUACGAAAACGCCAUCAAGCUGAUGGGCCAUAACGAGCAGGAGUUCAGCAACGACGCGAUACAGCCAACGAUUUUGACGGACGGUUGCAAGUCACGAAAGUCAAAGAGCAAAACCGUGUUUGAGAUUCGAACCAAGAAAUUAGCGCAUUUGCCCAUCAUCGAUUUCUAUCCAGUCGAUUACGGAGAUGCCAAUCAAGCAUUUGGUUUCGAAGUGGGCCCCGUCUGUUUCAAGUGAAUGCCAUUCAAGCAACUUAAGCUAAUAACACAAUCACUGCCAUUUUUGCAUUUUUAGAUUACCACUAGUUUUUAGAAAUAAAAAUUAAAGAUACCAAGUGAUAAAUUUAGGUGAAUAAUUUUAAAUUUCUGGUAUGUAUAAUUCAAGAAUAAAUUUAGAUUUUAAAAUCAAAGUAGCUAGAUU